AUUAUCUACAUGGGCUGGGUAGAUGAGAAGGAGCAGGACUCCGGUCAGGACCGAAUGUAUUCACCAAAGUUCCUCGCCUUAAAGGGUUCCUCACUCUUCAAGUUCUCAGCACCUCCUGUACGUUUUAUACACCCCCUUUCCUUUAGUAGCAAUGGUAACACUAUUUUAUAGCCUGGUUUAAGCUGGUAUUUACCAGGUAUUUAACUAAGAAACUAUAUGGCAACAAUGGAUACUGGUAACUACCUGCUAAAUACCAGGCUGUAAAAUAAACGGUUACCGUAUCCACUGAUAAAACUAGUUUCUGAAAAUAUGUGUCCAAAAACAUUUUUUUAAAACAGUUUUACAUUGGUCAAUGUUUUCAGCCUAUAAUGGAUUCCAACACACGUUCACCACAUGUUUUAUGGUCUAUUAAACUAUAAAUAGACAGCAAUUAUAAUUCCACACCUGACUGAUGACCAUCUGUGUCCCAUUGCUUGCUAUUUGAUUGAUUAUUAUCAGUAUAAUUAUGUUAUGCCAACCAUAUCAGUAAUUGUGAUUAUAGGCACAACUCAGAAUAGGAGUUAUUAGGACAAUUGUUUUGCUGGUAUUAAACUGAAAUAUAGAGUAAGGGACAAUUUUUUGUUUGAAUGUCUUCCUCAACUGCAUAUGUCUGUGACUAAAAUCCUAAUUGAAUGGUUAUGUUGAGACUUUGCACUGCAUAUUUGGUUAACGCUUAUCACUAGCUUUAAACAUAUCCUUUUGAUGUUGGGAUAGAUGUAGCUUUAUAGUUUGAACAUGUGAACACAGUGUGUGCAAUAAUUAAAUAUUAAGUAGGAUUUAAAAUAUUAAAGUUAAAGCAACUGAAACAGACUAAUGUAAUUACACUUCAAAAGAUUUAAAAGGGAUCCAUCUGAAUAGAAUAAAGAACUGUUCAGUUUCUUUGUGUUCUUGAGUGGAAGCAGGGUUUCAGUACCCUGUGUGUGUAGUCUAUUAAUAAAAUAAGACUAAGGUGUAUUUAAUGUGGAAUGUUGCAGGUGACUACAUGGGACUGGACCAGGGCAGAGAAAAGCUACACUGUGUAUGAGAUCAUGUGUAAAGUUUUGAAGGUAAGGCAACAACUUCUACGACAGAGAUAUGAGUAAAAUAUUUAGAAAGUGCUGAGUAACAAAUCUCAGGGUCUGUGUUUGAAAGACGACACAUUAAAAAGAGAACAGAUCUGUGCUAUGUGUGCUUCAUCACUUUCAUAGAAAGAGUUGUGACAUAGAAGGUGGGGAUAUUCUGUGGCGCAGUGGUCUAAGGCACUGUAUCUCAGUGCUUGAGGCGUCACUACAGACCCCAUGGUUCGAUUCCAGGCUGUAUCACAACCGGCCGGGAUUGGGAGUCCCACAGGGCAGCGCACAAUUGGCCCAGCGUCGUCCGGUGUAGGCUGUCAUUGUAAAUAAGAAUGUGUUCUUAACUGACUUAACUACUACUACUACUAUUACUAUUACUACUACUACUGCUGCUUUCAAGGAGCGGGACUCUAACCCGGACGCUUACAAGAAAUCCCGCUAUGCCCUCCGACGAACCAUCAAACAGGCAAAGAGUCAAUACAGGACUAAGAUUGAAUCGUACUACACCGGCUCUGACGCUCGUCGGAUGUGGCAGGGCUUGAAAACUAUUACAGACUACAAAGGGAAGCACAGCCGCGAGCUUCCCAGUGACACAAGCCUACCAGACGAGCUAAACCACUUCUAUGCUCGCUUCGAGGCAAGCAACACUGAAGCAUGCAUGAGAGCACCAGCUGUUCCGGAUGACUAUGUGAUCACGCUCUCCGUAGCCGAUGUGAGUAAGACUUUUAAGCAGGUCAACAUUCACAAGGCCGCAGGGCCAGACGGAUUACCAGGACGUGUACUCCGAGCAUGUGCUGACCAACUGGCAAGUGUCUUCACUGACAUUUUCAACAUGUCCCUGACUGAGUCUGUAAUACCAACAUGUUUCAAGCAGACUACCAUAGUCCCCGUGCCCAAGGACACUAAGAUAACCUGCCUAAAUGACUACCGACCCGUAGCACUGACGUCUAUAGCCAUGAAGUGCUUUGAAAGGCUGGUCAUGGCUCACAUCAACACCAUUAUCCCAGAAGCCCUAGACCCACUCCAAUUUGCAUACCGCCCCAACAGAUCCACAGAUGAUGCAAUCUCUAUUGCACUCCACACUGCCCUUUCCCACCUGGACAAGAGGAACACCUACGUGAGAAUGCUAUUCAUUGACUACAGCUCAGCAUUCAACACCAUAGUGCCCUCAAAGCUCAUCACUAAGCUAAGGAUCCUGGGACUAAACACCUCCCUCUGCAACUGGAUCCUGGACUUCCUGACGGGCCGCCCCCAGGUGGUAAGGGUAGGUAACAACACAUCUGCCACACUGAUCCUCAACACGGGGGCCCCUCAGGGGUGCGUGCUCAGUCCCCUCCUGUACUCCCUGUUCACCCAUGACUGCAUGGUCAGGCACGACUCCAACACCAUCAUUGAGUUUGCAGACGACACAACAGUGAUAAGCCUGAUCACCGACAACGAUGAGACAGCCUAUAGGGAGGAGGUCAGAGACCUGGCCGUGUGGUGCCAGGAUAACAACCUCUCCCUCAACGUGACCAAGACAAAGGAGAUGAUUGUGGACUACAGGAAAAAAAAGAGGACUGAGCACGCCCCCAUUCUCAUCGACGGGGCUGUAGUGGAACAGGUUGAGAGCUUCAAGUUCCUUGGUGUCCACAUUACCAACGAACUAUCAUGGUCCAAACACACCAAGACAGUCGUGAAGAGGGCGCGACAAAGCCUAUUCCCCCUCAGGAGACUGAAAAGAUUUGGCAUGGGUCCUCAGAUCCUCAAAAGAUUCUACAGCUGCACCAUCGAGAGCAUCCUGACUGGUUGCAUCACCGCCUGGUAUGGCAACUGCUUGGCCUCCGACCACAAGGCACUACAGAGGGUAGUGCGUACGGCCCAGUACAUCACUGGGGCCAAGCUUCCUGCCAUCCAGGACCUCUAUACCAGGCGGUGUCAGAGGAAGGCCCUCAAAAUUGUCAAAGACUCCAGCCACCCUAGUCAUAGACUGUUCUCUCUGCUACCGCACGGCAAGCGGUACCGGAGUGCCAAGUCUAGGUCCAAAAGACUUCUCAACAGCUUCUACCCCCAAGCCAUAAGACUCCUGAACAGCUAAUCAUGGCUACCCGGACUAUUUGCACUGCCCCCCCCACCCCAUCUUUUUACGCUGCUGCUACUCUGUUAAUGAUUUAUGCAUAGUCACUUUAACUCUACCCAUAUGUACAUAUUACUUCAACUACCUCAACUAGCCGGUGCCCCCGCACAUUGACUCUGCACCGGUACCCCCCUGUAUAUAUAGCCUCCCUACUGUUAUUUUAUUUUACUUCUGCUCUUUUUUUUCUCAACACUUUUUUGUUGUUGUUUUAUUUUAGUUUUAAUGCACUGUUGGUUAAGGGCUGUAAGUAAGCAUUUCACUGUAAUGUCUGCACCUGUUGUAUUCGGCGCAUGUGGCCAAUAAAAUUUGAUUUGAUUUGAUUUGAUUUUGAUUUUGAUUUGAUUUGACUUCCCUAGUUAUAUAAUAUAUAAUAAAUAUAUAUAUAUAUUUUCUACAGUUUCUAAGCACAUUGGGUCUUUGCAAGGCUGGAGUUGAACUACUUCUUGACCACUGGUUUCUAUAUAAUAUGUCAGUGCAAAACUCACAAUGGUACUAUUGGAAGCGGUUAUACUUUCUGAAACUCUGGCUGGUAUUUAAUCAAACAAAGCUCAUUUAACUUUUCUGCAAUGCACUUUCACGAUUGUGUUUGCUAUGCACAGCAAUGUGUCUCAGGUGGGUGGAGGGAGUUGACGUUUGAUUUAGAAAUCCUCACUGCAGCGACUGCAGCUCCACCUCUUAAUUUCUCACUCAGCCAGGUUCAUUGUCACAUACUGACUGAUCUGGUCAUUCGACCCAUGUCAUGCACAGUUCUGGUGAUUCCUAUAGUAAGUGUCAACUAUCCCCCUCCUAACAUAACACACUGCAUUACACAUCCGAAACAGCAUUUCUGAACAUGUGAAACAGCUUUUCUGAAAAAGCACAAUGCAUGUUGAUUAAAUUCCAGCCAAUGUCUGUCACAUCCCAUCUGUGUAUAUCUGAGUUCCUUAUCUGCAUACAGUACAGUAUGAGUCGCUCACUGUCCCUUGUGCACAUUGUCAGCAUGACAGCAAGACCUGGGUUCAAAUAAUAUGUGAAACAUUUCAAAAACUUAAGCUGUGCUUGAUUAUGAUUGAGCUUGCCAGGGCCAAUGAAACCAAUUUAAAUAGUCAAAAAAUGCAAACCCUGCCCAUCCGGCAUUCCAGACAGGUUCAAUCAAACUACUCAAAGCAUUUGAAAGAAAACAAAUACCAUUUGAACCCAGGUGUGAUGGCAGGUAUGACUAACGUGGUUCUCUCAGGACAGUGACCUCUUGGACAAGCGGAAGCACUGCUUCAGCAUUCAGACGGAGUGUGGGGAGGACAUGUUCUACAGCGUAGAGCUGGAGUGUGAGCUGCUCAUCUGGGAAAAAGCCUUUCAGAUGGCUACUUUCCUGGAGGUGGAGAGAAUACAGGUAUGCAAUAAAUGAGAGGCAGCACAUUUCCCUAAACCAAUUUCAUGGUGGGGUACAUUGCCCUCAAAGCAACAUCCAGGCUCUCUGUCAUCAAAAUUGUCACUUGAAACCAAUCAAACUAUUUGAGGUGGGGGUGGGAGUGGGGCAGAGCUAGGCGGGAGGCACAUCCUGCCUAUACAAUGGUAGGGGAAACACUGAAAAGUGGUUAAGAGAAGCCGUGACAUACUGUACUAUACAGGCCCAGCCUAGUCAUCCUCUCACAACUGAUUUAUGUCCAGUUGGCAUGUUUAACGGAGCUGUGGAAGGUUAUGCUGUCUAUUAUAUAUGCAUCUUGUGACUAACGUCAUGCACUGUUACCUCUCCACAGUGUAAAACAUACGCUUGCAUCAUGGAGAGCCACCUGAUGGGGCUGACCAUAGACUUCAGCAUGGGCUUUGUCUGCUUCGAUGCUGCUUCAAAAGUAAGUUACGUUACUGGUAUAUCAACGUUAAUUUGUGCUGAAGUCAUACAUAUAGAUGAAGGAUACGUAGACAAUAACACUGAGUUUCUCUAGCGUUACUUUAAAAGUAGAAGUAACCAUGAUGCCAUUACAAUGUUUUACCAUUCAAAUCUACUCUGUGGUGUUCCUAACUUAUUCUGCACUGUGUGCAUUUUGAUAGACUGAGCACAUUUGUUUUGAUGGCUGGUCCCCUCCAGCCCAAAUUCCUUAUAUUCUGCCUGCAGUUGACUUUGGCCUUUUACCAAGUCUGAGUGCCACAAUAACUAUUCCACUAGAACUCAUAAUGUGGACGAACAGGACGCAUCGACAGUUAUAUUGUUCCCUGUGUUUCUUGGCCUAAUUCCUACACAGCAAAGCAAGUGUUUUUUCUCUCCCCAGAGAGUCUCACAGCAGCCUAGCCUACUGCUGAGAGGCAGGGUAUUGUUUACCAAAACAAGCGUGAAAGUACAAUUCAUAUUUAAACUGCAAUUGUAAAACAAUACACAUGGUGGGGAAUGUUUAAUAAUUCAAUCAGAUAGAAAACCGGCUUUGUCUUGUGCACUCAGUGUUCAGAUCUGUGUGAAGCCCCUAGGGGAAAAAGUUGUUGCUUCCAAUUGUAGGUUGUGUACAUGGAAGUCUUGUUUUGUAUGGAAUGUGUACUAUGUACAUUAGUUUUAUAUUGCCAAAGCUUUUACAUGUGCAAAUUCCUUUUCAAGGGCAAAUAAAGUUCCUUUCUAUUCAUGACGAAGUCAGACAGACUGUGACACAGAGGCAGAGCUCAUUGUCUAUUGAUACAGAUUAAAACCUACCUAUCCCAUGUUGAAAAUGCAGGCAUCUGAUUUAGAACAAGGUGCUGUGCGUUGUCUAGACAGGCCCAACAAAAUGGUUGACAAUUAGGAGGAAGUGUAUCAUCACUCGUAGAUUCAAAUCAUCAUUAACAACAGGACAUUGACGCUCAUCAUCCAAGGUUAUGAACUUGCACCGUCUGGUACAUUUGCAAUUAAUUAGGAAAAAAACAUGAUGGGAAUAAUUUUGUUGUGGAAAAUCAGAAUGAGAUUAGACCACAAAUGUUAUUAGAAUGAAAUAGAUAAGAUAACAGCUAGUAAGAGAAGGUAAUGUCCUUUAUAAACCAUCUCCAACUGUAUUUACUUCCUCUAUACAGGCAGUGCUGUGGAGAUACAAAUUCUCCCAACUGAAAGGAUCGUCUGAUGACGGGAAGAGCAAGAUCAAAUUUCUGUUCCAAAAUCAGGACAAUAAAGCUAUUGAAGCCAAGGUAACAAUCCUAUGCUGUAUCUCUGAUUUAAAUGAAAUUAGCCAAUAGUGAUAUAUUUGAUCAUGCUUUCUUUGACCAUAGUCAGCCGAUACCAAUUAAAACCCAUAAAUAAUGCAUAAGAAAUGUUAAUUAAUUAAUUAUUAUCCGAAAACAUUAAUAAGUUAGUGUCUAUCUUUUGUUUCACAGGAGCUGGAAUUUUCUAACCUCUUUGCCGUGCUGCACUGUAUCCAUGCAUUCUUCGCUGCCAAAGUUGCUUGCCUGGAUCCGAUGUUUGUGGAGAGCCAAGGUGCUGCGACUACCGCUGGGGGGGUUUCCAUGCUCACCAGUGUCUCCUGUAAUACACAGACAUCCAGAAUCAAAUACUCCAUCUGACAGAGCCUGCUCACCCCCUCUCCUCCCCCCUCUCUCCCGAGUCCC